CAAGAGAUAGGUGCGGCACUGACUUGACAGAGAAUACACCAGCCUUCCAAGGAGCGAUCGUGCGACAAGUACGACACCCCUGCGAUUGUUGUCCGGAAACACAUUUUUACAAGCAGACCCUAGAGCGAAUGAUGGCGAGGCUUCGACGGGCGCUGCCGAAGCAGCUGGGAGCGACGGCGGUGCUGCUGUGCACUCUCCUGGCCCACUCCGAAGGUUUCUUCGCAGCCCCCAACACACCAACCACCCACAGCAAGCUCGCGUCCGACUUGAAUGGGCGCACAAAUGGCCAGUUUGCCGCUCGUAGCGACAGCAGCAGCGGUGGAUCCUCUGCUGCGCUCGGCACAGCAGGGUCGCGCGAGCGACUGUUCGAGACAGUUACGACCCUGCGUGGUGGGAGCCCCGCGAUGAACAUCCCUGGGUAUGAUGCCGCUGCCGCCGCGAUCGCAGCGAUUUCUGUCCCCGCCAUCGCAUGGACAGGGGGGCCGGCUCUCUUCGCCCAGGGCGUCCUGCUGUCCAUGGUGACAUCGAUUGACGGAUUUCGCAUCCGGGAGCACUUUGUCAGCUACGGCUACGGCUUCUCCGUUGCCCUCCAGGCCGCUGGCGCGGCUUGGCUGUUCCGCGACAACUUGCACACGCUCUCCGCGUUGCACGCUGCUGGGCUGGUGGCCUACGGGCUGAGGCUGGCCUCGUUUUGCGGCUGGAGGGACACUCUCUCGUGCUUCCAGAACCGCAGGAAGCGGCUAGCCCAGCCCAAGAAGAAGAAUGCCGGUCCCCCGUACACUUUCUGGGGCAUUUGCUCCAUGCUCUACGCGUUUCUUGCCCUACCGACCGUUUAUGCUCUUCGCCGCCUUCCUGCGGCUGAGGGCUCAUACGUAGGCGUUAGCCAAGCGGGGUUGGCGGUCAUGGCCUUCGGGCUGCUGGUGGAGUCGGUGGCGGACCUGCAAAAGUCCCUGUUCAAGAAGAAAUCCCCGGAUACCUUCUGCAGCACCGGCCUGUACCGCUUUUCACGCCACCCCAACUACUUCGGGGAGGCGGUUUUCUGGACCGGGGCCUGGCUGGCGGCGAUCCCUGCGUAUACUAAGUGGUACCACUGGGUGUUCUCCGUGAUAGGCCCCUCCCAGAUCGUCUCCAUCAUCCUCCGGGCGACGGGGGGGCUGGAGAAGAGGCAGGUGGAGAAGUACGGGUCCUCGAAGGAGUGGAAGGAGUACGCCAAGUCCACCCCCGUCUUUGUUCCCGGGACGCGGCAGUACACCUGGGAAAAAGCUGCAUCGAAGAAGAACUAAAUAGCAGUUUUUGUUCAUGUCGAGGGCGAUAUCCUGAUAUCACGCCCGGAUGACUUCGCGUCUCUUAAAAGAAGGUCUCGUUAAGAUACCUUCGGUGCUCCCUCACGUUCGAGAACAAAAGGAACUUGCGGAACCUUAUGUAACGGGGUAGGGUUCACCAACGUGCGCGCGCGGCUGUCGUUUGGCACGAACGAGUAAAGUCAUGAAAUGAAAGCAAUGACCGCUACUUAAGGGACUGUUGUACACUGCAGUGCGUACCGUGGGCAGACGUGAUUGAAUAAGUCCUACCUCUAUCAGAUGGGUCGUGCUUCUGGGGCACAGAGCCAGGACUUUUUCGAUGCUUCGAGUUUUCAUCUGUGAUGCAAUCAGGGUCCUAUCGUUUUUCUAGAGACUAUACAACUUUGUGGUCAGAAGGCCCCAGAGCUUAUAUUCACGACACAGCAGUAACCAAGGUUUUCCAAUGUGGCGGCAGGCAUGCUUUGUCGUGCUUGUGGGCGGGCGUUGCUUUCUGCCGCUCUCGUCCAAGGGUUGUCUUCGCUCUCCCCGCAGAGCUACAAAUCUGUUGUUCUGUAUGCGGUUCCCGCUGCGUUUCUCAAGGGGGUUGUCGGCUUGCGAAUCCUCGCACGGCAUCGUUGUUAUCGUGCUUGGGAA